CUCGUGCCUUCCUCCUCAAUUCCCAUUUCCAUAGUCCUCCUUAGUCUUUACACAGAGUGAGGGAGAGAGAGGGAGAGAGGGAGAGGAAGCUCCUCGUCGAUCUUCUUCACACGAGCAGGGCGUGACCUGAGAUCAACACAGCACACCACCGUCAUCGAAUCGAGCUUCAACCAUGUGGAGAAGACUCGUCUCUUCGCACCUCAAAACCCUAGCCGCCGCGUCCUCCGCACCUCGCCGAUCCGCGGCCGCCGCCGCCGCCGCUUCUUCAGGCCGAUUGUUCGGAAGGCCGCCUCUCAUUUCUCGCUCCCUCUACUCUUCCUUGCUCACGCGCCAGUUCAGCGUCGAGUCCGAAAAUGCUGUUAAGAAGAAGGUUGAAGAUGUAAUGCCUAUUGCAACUGGACAUGAACGUGAGGAGCUAGCGGCUGAGCUUGAGGGAAGGGACAUUCUUGAUAUCAACUUCCCAGUCGGGCCUUUUGGUACCAAGGAAGCUCCUGCUGUUGUGAAGUCAUACUAUGAUAAGAGAAUAGUUGGAUGUCCGGGAGGGGAAGGAGAGGAUGAGCAUGAUGUUGUUUGGUUCUGGCUGGAGAAAGGCAAACCUCAUGAAUGUCCAGUGUGCUCACAAUAUUUUGCGCUUGAAGUCGUGGGUCCUGGAGGACCACCAGAUGGGCAUGAUGACGAAGACCAUCACCAUUGAUUCAGGCUUGAGGGUUUGUGGUUGGAAUAAAAUCUGGGGAGGUAAAAGGACAUUUUUCUGUACUCUGCUGAGUCAAUCAAGGGCUCGUUCUGUUUGGUUCUUUUUGGUCGUAGUUCGAAAGACCGUGCCUUGCAACAGUGGGGUCGUGCCUUCUUUUUUGGGUACUCUAGAUGUGGAAUAUUUGCACUCAGAGCUAUGGAUAUUAUUGUUAGGUCUUCCCUGGAUUUGUUGCUGAAUAAUGAUUCUUUUGUGACCCUGCUCGUCGGUGUUUUCACACAAGGGAUUUAAUGAACAGUUUUGAUCAUUGAG